AACUCCACCUCAGUGCAUUGCCUGUUUCACGUGACAUUGUAGCAGUCUAUAAAUAUCAUUGUAUCUAGUGGAACAUUGAACUGAAUCAAUGGCAGUGAUUAAGGGCAAGAAGCCUCAUGUACUGGCGGUGCCGUAUCCAGCUCAAGGCCACGUUAAGCCGCUCAUGAAACUGGCGCGCCUAAUUGCCAGACAUGGGAUCAAGGUUACAUUUGUUAACAUAGAAUGCAUACAUGAAAAGAUUGUGGCAGCUGCGAAGAUGUCUGGUAGUGAAGAGGAGGAUGAUCAGGAGGACGGCGACAUAGUCCUGACCUCGAUCCCUGAUGGGAGAAGUCCUGAGGAUGAUCAAAACAACUCUUUUAAGCUGUUGGAAAGCCUUAGGAAUACGAUGCCUGGAUUCUUGACAGGUUUGAUUGAGAGUAUUAACAGGUCUAACGGUGAUGAGAGAGUUUCUUGUGUCAUAGCUGAUAUUUCAAUUGGGUGGAUUUUGGAGACUGCUCAGAAGAUGGGAGCGGAACCUGUUAUCUUUUCACCACCUUCUGCUGCUGCCCUAGCCAUAGUACUUCACAGUCCAGGGCUUUUGGAACAAGGGAAUCUUGACUCAAAUGGAACCAUCAAGAAAGAUGAAAUGAUCAGCCUGUCGGACAACAUACCCCCCUGGAGAAAAGAUGAACUAGCGUGGAGCUUCCCCGCGGACUUAGAAACCCAAAAGAUCUUCUUUGAAUGUUCAUUAAGAAUCGAAAAGACAAUAAUCCAGACUAAGUGGUUGCUAAGCAACACCUGUUAUGACCUUGAAUCCUCAGCUUGUGAUUUGAUUCCAGGGUUCCUGCCCGUUGGACCAUUACUAGAGACUAACAACCCGAAAUCUUUGUCCAAUUCUUGCAACUUCCACCCUGAGGACGCAUCCUGUUUAAGCUGGUUGAACAAUAAACCACCUGGAUCAGUGGUUUAUGUUUCUUUCGGCAGCUUAGCAGUUCUGUCUCAGCAACAGUUAGAUGAGCUUGCACUCGGGCUGGAGCUUUCGGGCAUGGCUUUUCUGUGGGUGGUCAGAUCCGAUCUUGCAAACGGUUCACGAGCUGUCUACCCGGGUGGCUUCCUGGAGAGAGUCGGCGAGCUUGGGAAGAUCGUCGAAUGGGCGCCUCAAGAGAGAGUUCUUUCUCAUCCAUCUGUCGCCUGUUUCCUGUCGCACUGCGGGUGGAACUCGACUCUGGAAGGUUUGAGCAAUGGGGUGCCGUUUCUGUGUUGGCCUUAUUUUGCUGAUCAGCAUCAUAAUCAGAAUUACAUCUGUGAGAAGUGGGAGAUUGGGGUGAGAAUUGAUCCUGAAGAGAAUGGGAUGAGGACGAGGCAUGAAAUCAAGACAAAGAUUGAGAUGCUGUUUUCCGAUGGUAGGUUUAAGGCAAAUGCAAUGAAAGUGAAGGAAAUUAUUGGGAAGAGUGUUGGGGAAGGGGGCUCUUCGUACAAGAAUUUUAAGACAUUUGUUGAUCAUCUCAGCAAAUGAGGAUGACUGUGCUGCAUGUUGUCUUUGAAUUUCUAAGGUUUGGUCAUGUAAUGUUGAUUUUCGUAUAUCAUCUCUUUUCUUGAAUUGUAAUGUUUUUGCAUGUAUCUUA